UUUAUAGCGUUUUGCUGCUAUCGAAGUUUAAAUACUUAACUGACGGUCAAGGCAGCGUGAUGUAAAACGUGUUGUACUUUCUCGUGCAUGAAUUGGCUUUGUUACAUAAUUGACAAAGUAGUUUCGAAAUAGUAAAUUUAUGUUUACAUUAAACGGCAAAGUAAAAAUGUUGCCGCGGAUUAUUAUUUAAAAAAUGCGGCAAGGAAACAACAGUUUUUUUACAGAGAGAUAUUACAUUCUAAGACGUAAAUGGAGACACGUCGCGAGCGGUUCUUAUUGAUUUCCCGAAAAAUAAUACGUUUUAUCUCAAGCCUCUUUCCAGACCAGUGAUUCAUACAUGACUUAUACUGACGUGAUGUAUGAUAUUGAGAAACGAUAAUCUGACUUUCGCAAAAACACGGUGUGCAUUUUUCAUUAAAUCGUUCCUUCAUCGUUUCUCGAUAAUACAUAUUGUCGUUAACGUAAAUUACGUAAAUCCUGCGCGAAAUGUUAUUAUCAUCGAUCCUGUGAUGUGGACGAGAUAAUAAUAAUUUUUGGAAUAAGAUCGAUGUGGAAUGCAAAUUGCUGAGCUUUUAAAACAAUUGAGUUUGAACAUUUCUGUUUUUCUUUAACGGAAAAAAUAAUUUUUUCACGAUGAAAUUAUAAAUCUAAUUAAUUCCAUUUUCAAUUGUAAUCCAAUUUCUUUUUUUACUCAUGUAUAAAGUGCAAUUAACGAUAUCUCGAUUUCCUCCCUAAUAAUAUAAAUUGUUCGAAGCGCGAAAUUAAAUCUCAAAUCGGUACAUUCUUUGGAAUUCCAUAUUAUUUGAUGCUUUCAAUCCUGUGAUAAAUAUAUGCUUAGUCAUCUACGUGUGUGUAGAAAUUUUCGUAUAAUUAAUUAAUUAAAAAUUGCUUGCUGACGAUAAGUUUCAACCGGGUAACACCGAGUUUUUUCGUUCCGUGCUUUCAGUCGAGCACUUUUGUAAUUACUACUUUCAGUUUGAAGGGCGGACGCGAUUUUCGUGCAACGUUUCGUCAGUCGACGCGUAGUUUUCGACGCAUCGAGCGGCGGAUCAAAACAGCAGCCGAUGUAGGGCAGAACCGUCACGGGGUGAACGGCACAAGCUCUCUCUCACGCUCGGUAAGACAUCGCGCAUCUGCGCAAACGUCGCGAGUGUUCGCCAGCGAGGCUCAAUAAUUUGCCGCUAACGUGAAGCGAAACUUCACCUCCGACCUGUGCCGUACCGAUCGCGAUUGCGAAACGAGCCGAUUAAAGCCAUCAAGUAAUCAGCUCAAACAAGAAACAGAGUCGGGUAACUCUGAAGCAAAACGAAGACGGAGAGAAUCACGUGAAUCCGCUACUAUUAAUAUGCCGAUGGUGCAACUAUGUACUCCUACAUGUAUAGAUUUUCUCCCUUUACAUCACUCUGUUAACGCCAAUACUUGAGAGUAAUUAAUUACGACGUGCUGUUAUUAAUAACAAGAGUGUCGUAGAAAUAAUGUAUCGUCGAUGUAUGAUCGUUUUAGCUCUUUUCUCCCGGCUGUUCGCCGUUUCCGUUAUCUUUCCAGUCGCUUAAUGCUCAUCCUUCCUCACUUUGUGCGGUUUACAAGAGGAUUUCAGAGAUCUCGGGAACAUAUUGUACCCAGCUCCAUCUCGAAUCAUAAUUCCGGCCAGUGAGCGUCUAUUAAAGUUUCGGGGCUAUCCAGGGUUGAUCCACUUAAUCGAUCCCAUUAAAUCCGUACAUCCCGAGGAUUAAUCGGUUUCGACGAAAAUUCCGAGUACGCCCUAUCGAUUCGCGGUUCGUAUGAACGCCUUCGAAAGGUCCAUUUACUACCUCGAUCCAACUCGGAAGCGUAUAAUGGGGCAAAAUAAUUCUCACAGGCAGCGAGAGUGGAGACAUCCCGGCACGGUAAUCAUUAAGUGCAUCGAGAUACUUAAGCCUGAGAUAAUUGAGUAUUCCGUCGGAAAAUGCUGCUGUAAACACCCUGGGUACCAAGAAACGAUGCUCGAGCCGGGAACGAUCGUGUGUGUCGUAAGGUGACACGCGCGGGAGAGUUUCUUACCGCGUUCGUUUAUCGGGGGUGCGUAUAUUAAGCUCGUGCGCAUCCUCCGGGCGAGAAAAGAGCCGCACGAUUGCACCACCCCGUGGGUUCUCAGCAACAGCUAAUUAGCCGUAGGUCGAUCGUUUCGCCGUACGCGACGCAUGCAUAAAAAGUUCAGGUGAGCGGGCGAGGAAAAGAGAGAGAGUGAUAGGGAGAGGGAGAGACAGAGAGAGCUAAGGGAUGCGAAAGGAGGAGUAUCGGCGGUCUAUCGAUCGUGCGGGUAAUUAUACGCGGUCGAUUGUUAAGAAUCCCUCGGAGACAUUAUAAUACCUAAUACUCCCAGACGUUACGCCACCCUAUCGGGCCAUACCAAGGCAUUGGGGGUAAAACAGUGCCAUCAGUGGAGGAUUUCAGCGGACGUUCCGGCCACUCGGUGAGCGCAAAAAGCAGAUAGCGGAACAAGAACAGGAAAAGAAAAGGGCUGAGAGAAAUCGCGUUAAGUCCUCCGAGUAUUGAGCGAAGGGCGGAGGGCUCGGAUGGCCUCAUCGGCGUUUCAUCGGUAAUUAUCGUGACGAAUGAUGUGGAUCGUAUUUGUGUGGUAGAUUUCAAGACAGAAAUUCCUGGAGAGAUACGGACGGAGAUAGAUAGAUAGAUAGAUAGAUAGAUAGAGAGAGAGAGAGAGAAAGGUAACAAUUACAAAUAACGCGAUAACAUAACGCAACUGAAGCGAAUAGAGACAACUUUUGUAGUAAUGAUAUCCGUCAUGACGUAUUUGCGUGAAUAAAAUGGUUUUUUUAUUUACUCAGUUGUUCGCGUCUGACACGCGCACGCAUUGUGUCGCACGACUAUCGAGAAAUCCGCCACUGCGCGUCAUCCCCCGGCUUAUGCGCGGAAAACACCGAGGGAAGAAAAUAUUCCUGGUGUAUAAACGCGUUCGGACGACUCACCCGCCUUGAAAGCCCUCGUAAAAUUCAAAAAGGAACGAAACGUCGUUCUUUUCCAUAGUGAGUUCAUGAAAUAAAGUUGCGCGGCUUUUCCUCCGCGAUAAAGGGAUGCGAAGAAAUCUCCCAUGCAGUGGCUUCUUUUUCCCGAAAUUCUAACAGAUUUCAUAAAACUACAACUAAGUUCUACAUCAAUUUCCACUUGGGGGUAAUUACACCAAUUGAUUGAUGCCCAUGAACGAAAGUCGAAGACGCGAAAUAUUCACGGUUCCUUCCGUGUCGACUCUUCCUUACCUGCACAAGCACGUACACUUUUCGGUAAAUACACACGUAUGUGCCAAUUAACGAAGCACGUACUUUAUCCCAUAUUUCCGUGCGGUGUCUGGCAAAAAACGAAGAUUGUUCUAAGCAUCGCGGUCAGCUACCUUUACCCCAAAUACGCUUCGCUGCCGAUAAAUGAUAAUGCGGGAUCGUGCGAGUAGCUUUACGCUUGCAUUCCACCCUUAAGUGCUCAUGUUUGCGAACCUCCCUUACAAAAUUUAUUGAGGGAAAUCGAUGGGAAAGAGAAUGCAUUCGCUAAAAGUACUUUUUCCUCGUUACAGUAAAAUCGAAUUUCUGAUAACGCAAGUAAUUGUGUCCUAAUUAAUUCUUACGAAUGAACUGGGUCGUUUCCUGAGAAGAGCCAUCUCCUGGAAAAUGUGCUUGGUUUUCAUUAUCCAAGCUGAAGCGUCACUCUUGAUAUCUUAUUUUCAAUCUUUUCUGAUACUUACUAAAAUUCUUUUACCCCGAUCCUCUCUUUUUUCAUAAUUUAAUAGAAAUUUUAAUAAUCUAAAUACAAAUUUUUAUGUUUAUUAUUAUGCUACCUUUAAAUCUAUCAAUACGAUAAAAAGAUUCAAUGAAGGGAAAUGUACACUUGAACUCACCCUAGCAUUUUUUUAUAAGAUUUAACUGGUAUUGAAAGGGAGAGAUAUCCUUUAUGUCAAUCUUGGAAUUUUUUCUUUCAAUACGAAGAACCACUGCUCUCGACGUUAUCAUCGGCGAGAGGGUCGUUAAGGGUUAAUUGUAUAAAAAGUCGAAACCGGCUGGUUGCAUCGUUUCUGCUUCUCGGGGUUUAAAGCGGAACGUCGGAAUCAACGAGGAUAUUUCUCCGCUUCGUUCACCGAGAGGGUUCAAUGUGGGACACCGAAGACUCGGUCGCCGGUCUGUUCUACCAUCUUAUCAGGAUACCACCCUCUUUUCCACCUUCCGCGUACCGCGAUCUUUCUUAUCUUACGGCGAGAUAUUAGGACGCAAAAUCGAAACGGUGAAUCGAUCGACGGGGACACGCGCGAGGAUGACAGAAGAAGAAGAGAGAGAGAGACAGAGAAAGAGGAGAGAAAAGAGAGGGAGGGAGACAAGAGAGAGAGGCAAGAGGCAAGUUGUAGAGGCAGCAACAACAACAGCGGGGGUUUAACUUUAACCCGCGAGGAGAAGGUGGAUGGGGUGGCGGUGGAGGUGGUGAAAGAGGAGGCGAAGCGCAGGCGUUUGCGCGCUCCUGCGCAUCGUUGCCGCCGUUGCUGCUGUAUACCGCGAUGCGACAGUCAUACGUGGGGCGCGAGAGCGAGAGGUGCUCUCUCUCUCCUCCUCUCGAUUCCACUCUCGAUCUCGACUUCUAUCGGGGGGAAAGCUUUAGAAAUUCGACGAGGGCACGAAGGGAGUAACGAUGCUUCGAGGGCACAAGAGCGUUCCGCGACACAGUAACGUGCCUUCGAGUACACCGGAGGGAUUGACAAGCGAUAUGUAAGAUACCAGAGAAGGGAAGACAAAACGGGACAAAGGGGCGAGCUGGGAGAGCGGUGCGUGAGGGCGGAGGAGAAGUGAGAUGGUGAAUGCGGUGGUUGAUAAGCGUGGCCCGGCACAAUCAGCGGCGCGAGGCAGCAGAACGGCAGAUCUCUCGACUCCCUCGCGGGCGAUCAUCAUCCCCAUAGCGAGUGGUGGAGGGUGGACUGCGAGCAGCUUGCUGAGGGAUCGCAGAGAAGACGCGGGUCCUGUGGGAGCAAGGCGACGCGCGAAGCGGUAGACCGAGGAGGAAGCAGCGGCGGCGCGGGAUCGGAAGCAAUAAAAGGGCCUCGUGACGGAGGGGCUUCGCACGGCCCUGGCGCGACUGCGGCACUGUACCCCUGCGGGGGGCUCGCUGCCGAACUCACCGAAUCCACCGUCCACCCCGGAACACAAGUCCCAAGGGUGCACGAGGAAUCGCGAGUCGGGAACCAGAUGUAGCAGUUUGGGGAGUAACGCGGGUGACACGGGGGAUACAUCGCAGUCGCAGCCAUCGCGAGGACAACAUGGAGCUGAUAGCGGGCGGGACGGCGACCUUCUGUCGUCCGCGAUCCGACGGUUCAACUUUAAAUCGGCCGGUGGUAGCCGCAGCUGUCGCACGGUGCCGAAAGUCGUGGUCAUGGGCUCCAGCACGGCGUCCGAGACCACGAUCAACACGAGCACCGACAGCGCCAACACGAUGCUCACCAUGGUGACGACGACCGACGGGGAGCAGCCGGAUGACAGUUUCGACCUAAUCGACGUGCCGGCCGAAAUGUCACCUCCCCCUACGGCCACGUCGCAACCGUCGUCCAUCCAUCCGGCAGGUCAUCGAGGACACUCGGACGACAUAGCCGUGGGCAGCCACUCCUCGUCUCCAGCAUCACCCACGUCACCGGUCUCCGUCGCGGCGAACCAAACGACGCCGCCAUUGCCGCGGUCGUCGUCACCCACGUCCCCCUUGUGUACCUUCGAAGGGACCGAGGCUGCCGGACACUCGGGCCGCAGCUCUCGUCCGAAACAUGAAUCGGGUCAGCCCGAUGGUAACUCCAAGACGAUGGCCGGCACCACCAUCAAUCAGGGACAGAGCACGAGCAACGGCGCGGAUGGCACGACGGCGCAUCCACCACCUACGCCGAUGGUCGGCGCACACCAGGACACCAGAUUCACCUUCAGCGGCAGCGGCAGAACGCCGCCUCUUCCGGAUCUCAGAGCCGCGGAUUUCUUCAGCGCUCCCGUGAGGGGCUCCGUGGAUGCGGGCCAGCCCGAUUCGGCCGACACGCGCUCCUCGAUCCGCAAUCUGGUGGCCGCCCAGGAGAAGCAGAGCCAGUCCAGAGGGGGAUACGCGACCGGUGGUAAGGUGAACUCGACGCAGAUGAACGCAAUGGAGAAGGGCCCAGCCGACCAUAAGCGGAGCCAAAAGAGGCCCAACAUCAACGUGACGACCAAUCCGCUCGAUAUAUCGCUCAUAGGUGCGACUCAGCCGUGCAACAGCCAGGGUUGCAACGUGCAGGGCAGCGGGAGCGUAAAAUCGCGGGGACGAUCCGUACACACCACGAUGUCUACGGCGGGAUCGCCGUCCUCGCUACCCACAAUCUGCGUUAUUAUUCCGUCCGUCACGUCAGCAGCGCCGGCUGGAAAUCCCGGCGGAAGUGCCGGCGGCAGCGGCAAGCGAUCGACCCAGGCGACGAUCGUCGUGCAGCAGCCGUCUCUCUCGUUGGACGCUCCGGCGGCGACGAUCCUGCUGCAUCCGGACACCGAUGCCAGGAGACGCGAGGAGAACAUGCGGCAAUUGCUGGACGUCGCCAACACCCUCACCUUGCAGGAGAUACACGACUUCGAGAUGAGAUAUGGAAGUCCCCAUCACAGCCGGUCGCAGUCAGUGAAAGCCCCCGGCAGCCGUUCCUCCGGUCGGCCGAAUUACCUGUGUCUUCCGCAGCAAAGAUCACGAGUGGCGAGUAUGCCCAACACUGGUGUGGAGGAGGAAUAUUACAGACUACGUCACUUCAGCAUCACGGGCAAAGGAGUGGUGAACCGGGGCGACUCUCUCAAGAGCCGCAGAUCGCGCUCCAACAACAGCGUGGCGUCCAGCAACUCGAGUCUCUCUUCUAUUCGACGCAGUACGGAGCACCUGACCGCCUCGUAUCCAGGAUCGGCGAGGAACUCGGCGGCGGGCUCGUUGGCGAGUUCGAGGGAGAGCAGCGCGUCCCAGGGUCCGGCGCCGUAUCGUGUUCUCAUGCUGGGUGCCCCCGCGGUCGGCAAGAGCUCGUUGGUGUCUCAAUUCAUGACUUCCGAGUACCUGCACGCCUACGACACUUCGAUCGACGAUGAAUCCGGAGAGAAGACUGUCAGCGUGCUGUUGGCCGGCGAGGAAUCGGAAUUGACUUUUAUCGAUCAUUCGUGCGCCGAGAUAACGCCGGAAAAUUGCAUCUCGACGUACGAGCCGCACGCGUACUGCGUCGUCUACUCCACGACCGAUCGGACGUCGGUGCGCGUCGCCGAGGAGGUCCUGCAAUCCCUGUGGCGGAGCGAUCACGUAUCCGCGAGGGCGGUCAUUCUUGUGGGCAACAAGGUCGACCUGGCUCGCAGUCGACUGGUAUCGACCGAAGAGGGCAAAUCCAUGGCGACGUCGUACGACUGCAAGUUCAUCGAGACGUCCGUCGGCAUCAACCACAACGUCGACGAGCUGCUGGUCGGUCUGCUCACGCAGAUUCGUCUGAAGCUGGAAAAUCCCGAGAGGACCCGCGAGAUGUUCCGGAAACGUUCGCGGAAGAAUCGCAGCAAAUCGCCGCUGGGCUCGUGCUCGGAGAACAACUCGCCUAAGAAGUAUCGCGGCAGUCGGACCAGCACCAGCUUGAAGGUGCGCAAUCUGCUCGAUAAGGUGUGGGCACGCGACAGCAAGUCGAAGAGCUGCGAGAAUCUGCACGUCCUGUAAAAUCUCCCGGCAAUAGGAGAGAAAGAGAGGACGGAUCGGUGAGUUCGAUCACCGUCUCGUUCCGGAAUGAUCUGGAACGAGCGAGUCAUCGCGACAAAACGACGAUGACGACGAGGGAUUUCCGUCGAGGGUGUCUUCUUACUCUACUUCAGCAGCGGCGGCUUAAGCACGGGGUCAACGAGGGGCGACUCUCGUCGCGGAAGAGGACGACACGAGUAUCGACCUGCACUCGACUGUAACUCUCGACUUCGCGGGAGAGGAGACACGUGCGUAUCGCUUUGUAACGAAGUACGUAGCGACCUUUCCGGCCGCGUUUCACGACGCCACGUGGUUGUCAUCUUCUCUGUGGGUGAGGUGAUCCCUUCCGUUGCACCCGUUGCAAGGCACGCCGAGACCGAUCAUUGAAACUAGGCCGCGGAGAUGAUUUCUACUUUGCCCGCGCGAAGCUUGUGACUUUCGACGGCUGUAAAUUUGGAUCAGUUUCAUCUUGCGUUGCGCUGCACGAUUUUUCUAUCACGUUCUAAUUGCCCUCUAAUUGCCAAUCGAGGCGAGAACGCGAGAACUCGUUGAGUCUUCUCCACUUUUACGAUUCAAUUCAAUUUUUUCCAAGGAUCCUCGGAUCCUUCAUGGCUCUUAAAAAUUCCGGGCGCGAGUGAUAAAACGCCCUUAAUCCCGGUGAGAAGUCCGGCGAGUGUACGAUCUUUGUGAUUACCGUAAAGCGUAAAUAUAGGCCACGGGGGGGUUGUUUUAAGCGCGCAUAUACCACGAUGAGCGCGAGCGUCGUUAUCGCGAGGGGGUACGUUUCCGCUCGCGCGCGCGCGCGGACGCGAGGAGGAAGGCGUGAAAUAAAAUACCCGUGAAGUAAUGCGAAAAAGGCGACACCCCGCGAAGGCGCAGCGCAAUCAGCGUAGAUUACUAGCAGGGCGUACUCGUUAUCGCGCAUAACCGAGACCAUUACGGGUAGGGAAUCGCAUCGAUUCUUAUCACGUCCGCUCGACGGGACGCUACACAAUCGAUCAUGCUUACAUCGUGUUCCCGCGACCGUAAAUACGAGCGGCAAAAAGAGGCGACGCGCAAACAAUUUUUGCUCGCCAUAAGGACGAAUGUUUGUACGAAUAACGUAAGAACCAGCCACGUCCAUGCACGGAUUGGUCUGCAGCUUGCAUAAUAAUAAAAUGUGUGCGCGAGCGCGCGAAAUUAUGUUUGCACCGAUAUUUUGCAUUUCAAUCUCGUACAGAAUUGCGAGCUAUCGAUCGGAUCGCCGUAGGGAUCGGCAAUCCUCAGCCGUGUCGGCGAACCGACAGCUCACUCACCCUUUUGCGCUUGGCGUUUUCAGCUGAAAUACCAUAUAGGCAAAUUCCAGGAUAGAUAGCAAUAUGGGCAGAGAGAUAACCGCCCCAUUGCGGUUUGUCUAGUAGUCGCCGCAGCAGUGGUUCUCUAAUGUUUUUCCGCUGAUGGUACGGGGAUAUCGUUAGCGCGAGGAAUUAUGGCGAUUAUAAGUGGGCGAACUGAUAGGAAAUGCUACGUGUGCUGAAUAAGCAGAAUUGGGCAAAAGUAAGUAGGGAAAUAAUGGUAAGAGAGGUAAAGAAUGAAAAAUUCGAAAUUUCAGGUUUUAAUUUUGUUUUAGGUGUAAUGAAAGUAAACUUGUGGAGAAAUUAUUUAAUUAUGAACAUUUGAUCUUAUCAAUCACAUUUACUUUCCCAAAUUUAAUAAAAUGAAGUAUAUAACGGGUAUUCCUUCUGGCUUUUGUGUAAAACAAAAUAAUUAUUCAUAGAUUUUCUGGAGAUAUUUCAAAUUUAUUGCCUUUGAGAACCACACUCUGUGCUAAAGCAAUAUAGUUAAUACAAUAUCGCCGUUGCAUAUCAAACUUUUCGCCCUAUUCGAAUUUAUUAAAAAUGUGUAACUUUGUAAAUAUUUUAUAAGCAUUUCCCUAUUCUGCACAUUUAAAAGCUCGUGAUUUAUUUUCGCAAUAAUUCUGCUUUGUAUUUAUUUUAAGAAUUCCGCUCAUGCUUCCACGCAUUACCUUCAAUUUUUCUUUAUCGAUAGCUAUUAAAGGAAAAUUGAAUUUUCCGAUCGUUAUAUUUCGAAGGAGCUAGCACGUGUAAGAUAGAAUGCAAUUUCAAUUGUAAUUACAAAUCCAGGAAAGAUACUUUUCUACCAAAGAAACCAUUAAUUAUUAUAAAUCAUUAUUAAAGCGAUUCGAAGAAUGAAAUCAAACGCAAUGAAUAAUAUAAGUCACCUGAAAAUCUGAAGACUCUUCAGUUGAAGGUCCUUAAGCUUUUCAACAGUCAUCACAGAUUGCAUUCGAGUAAAAGCAUUUUACGUUUAUUAAAAAUUUUUUAUUUAUGAGAUGCAUCUGCAAUUUUUCCACUCACAAAUGUUCAUUCUAAAUGACCAAAUAUUACAUUCCCUUUACGCAGGGACCUUUCAGUCACACGCGCAAUACGUGUCGCUUCUCAGUGCAUUAUGUGAUCAGCUGCAACAUGCGAAAAGCACGACCGUGUCGGAACGUUAAGUGGUACAGCUUAUAUAUGGCGUGAAAUACAUAUGGGGCCAUGAAAGAUAAGUGGGUCGCCCGACCAUCAUGACUGCCGUUCUCCUGAGUUAAAGGGCCUCGAUAUCCGCGGCGAGACGCAAAGGCAAUGCAUGGCGCCAGCAGGUGAAUCGAAUCGAAUCGAAUCGUCGCCGCGAAAGGUCGUUCCGCGCGACAAGCAAUUAAUUUCCUAACGAUCUUCCGAUACACACCGAGCGACCGACUGGCCAACCGACGUCAGAUCGAAUCAACCUUAGCAACGUGGAACGUUUUAACACCGGCAAAAGCUCGCCUGGUGCUGAAUUCAUCCGUGAACGAGUUCGAAAGCGAACGUUCUUCCGGAGCAAAGAACGGUUGAAACACACGAAUACGAAGUUUCAUCAGUUCGCCGAGUGUGCGAUGUGACAGUUCACCGAAACGACGUUAAACUUGGAAGCUUUGGCACAAUGCGCGUUGCACAUGUAUCUGAAGAUUGCGCAUCAUAGAGAAAUCGAUAAAUCUAAAAUUGUUUUUUCUGUACAUUUAUGUCACGAUCAAAAUUUAAUUAUGUCACGUAGCGUACUGUUUAGUUCCGCUGUAGGCACGCGUUGCACGGCGUUUUGUCUUCGUGAUACAAUAUCGAAGAUAAGCAAGCAGCUCAUUUUGAGCUCGCGGAACACGAGCUGCCGUGAUAUCGAUCAGACAAGCUUGUGUGAUUACAGAUUCGACGUCAUGCGAGUGAAACAAUAUUGUUGCUCCGACGCAAAUGGGGUGGGAAUUCUAUAUUUUUUAACUCCGGACAAACCGGCGCGAAUAUAAACCUGCGAGCGGCAUAUAAAAUAACGUGAUUAUUAAUUUUUUUUGCAUUCUGUGAAAAUCCUCUGGCGUCGUGCCCGUCGCCGUUGCCCACUUCAAUUAGCUAAAUUACACGGAGAUACGCUAAGGUGCGCCUACUCGCCAGAACUGCAUGCGCCGCGUAAUCCGUCGCGAUGUGCGCGCACUGAAAUUCUCGCAACUGCAUGAUUCAUUCCGCCCCAUUUUAUAAUCCUGCGGCUGUGCAUUCUGUGCGUGUAUAUGUGUGUAUUUUUGUGUAUUUCGUCUUUCCAUUUGAAAUAUAUUACUCGAAAUCUCUGAUCCCUCUACGGCGGUACAUGUAUAAAGCUGUUUGCUUCUUUAAUCCUUCCUCAGCGAGCUUUGAUUUUAUUCACGCACACAUGUUAUCAUUGGGGAAAGCUUAAGGGUUCUGUUUGAAAUAAUUCAUGGAAAAUCGUUUGAAAUAUAGCAAGAGGAGAUUACGCCAUCAAGCGUCUGUACGUGCAUGCUGUUGCAAGAUUAUUCUAAGAAGCAGAUCGGCCGAUAAUUUACAUUAAGAGACAUCAUCUCGAUCAGGUUUUAUUCCGUUCGCUAUUAUUCUUUCUCGUGAUAUGAUUCAAACUGUUAUCGUAGGCGAGGUGGAACCAGAUUUCUAAUUUAAUCGAGUAAAACGAUGUCUAGUCAUAUAUGUCAGAGUAAAAAAAUAUAACGUGUUACAUCUUUCCAUAUUUCUGCUGCACUUAAGUUACUCAGUGAAGUGUCUUUUUUAUAUCGCAGCCAUAAAACGCACUAACACAGAAUAUGCACUCUUUCACCUUUUCACUAAAACAUUUAACGCAAAAUUAUGUCUUGCCCCGUUCCUACGAAAUGCAAUAUCUGCUGAAUUUUUCAACAGUAACAUUUCUUCUCUCGCGGUAAUUGAGUGUUACUAUGCUGAAAAUGAUUACAUACUUUCGCAUCGUGGAGUUGAGGAGAGAAGCGAGCUACUAAUUGACGUAACUACAAACGCUCGGCAAAGUAAACUUCAUGAUACAAAUUGCAUACGAUGGUUCCUGAUUUGUAUUAUGAAGUUUAUUUGGCGCAUUAAACGCUACAAAGUUCUAAUGCUGUUUCCUUGUAGCGUCGAUAACGUAAUAAACAUGUUCAGAACAUAUAAGCGUUAACCAAUUAUUAUCAAGUAUGUAUACGCAUACGAAUAUCUCUCAGCCUCUUUUAUUUAACUGAAUAUAUUUUUUGACAAAAUUUAAAAAACUUAUGAGUUAAUAUCAAUUGCUUAUUUGCUAAUAUGUAUAUCAUUUAGACUUGUGAUUGAUGAUAUUAUAAUUUAAUUUUUCGUAUCUUCAAUUAAUAUUAUACUUUUUACAGUACAAUAUUAUAUUUUAAAUGUAUUUGUCUAAAACCUUUUUUGACUCACAUGUUCGAAAGUGCCUCCCCUUCUUUCUUUGAAACUCUUGAGCUUUUCUACAAAUAACAAUUUAAAAAGAAAGAUUCGACUCGUUUAAAGGAAAAGUUCAAUUUCCGAAGAGUACUUUUUUAAAUCUCCCGCAGUAAAACGAACAUGUAAAGUUGCAAAGUGCAUCUUGCUCAGAUUAUCCUCGCCAAUCCGAGAACUACCAUUGUCGGUCAUUAUAUUCGCUAGCGGAACCGAAAAAGCGGACCGAAUAUUUGCGGAAGGCAAUUGCGAGAAAUUCGGACGUAGCGGACUUUUUUCUCUAUUUUUCAGCGAAGCUGCCAGCGCCGGAAAUAAAGAGUUUUCGCAAUAUCGUGUUUCGCGCUGCGGUAAACGGUAAUAUCACGUAAAAUCGCGUGUAUCGCAAAUGAUUUACCAUGUUUGCCGUACUUUUUUCCUUUUUUCGGGACACAAUAUCAUAAAUGUCCUGUUUGUUGAAAACAGCUCGUUUUCCAAUAAACCUCUUUUGGAACACCGCAUGCGGUAACGUCGCAUUAAAUUGUGAGGCGAACGAUAGCGCGAAUGUAAGAUGAGAAUUAACGUAGAGAUUCAUCGCUGUUGGUUUAACGUGAAACUUUAAACGUUUCCUAUACUCGAGGUAACGACACUGCAACUUUCAUGAGACGAAUCAAUUGCUGUUCAAACAUAAUCGAGCGGCUACGAAAGUCGGUCGCGUUAGCUCUAUCGUCGGCCGAGAAGCAAAUCAUUGUUCAAGUCGCUGUUGCGACGACGCCGGAGAAUUCGGGGCCAAUUUGUCGAUCGUCUUUGUUCUCAUUGACUGGCAGACGGUCGUUUGCAACCUUUAACACGCGAAACUCGCUGAUAACUUUCUUGCCCGUGGCUGAAUGUGCGCGUAAAUUCUGCGGCAAGCUAUUGUGAACUGGACGUAGAAUCGCCGAGCUGUGCAAUUCUAUCUCGACAUUGGCCAGAGAUUAAUACUUGAAGACAGAAAUUCGCAGAAACGAUCCAACUACACACUUUAGCUAUUAAAUGUUAACAUGCAGUCGACGCCAGCUUGUAAAGACUUAAAUAAAUCUUUUUUUUCAUCAGAUUUAACAGUUUCAACAGACGUGAUCCGUUGAUCGAUCGUUCUCGUUUAUCACUGUACGACACUUUAGCCGCGUCCGCGGUGCACGAUCCUGACGAAAGAAGUGAGUCGAAGAUGAUGAAAAAA